UUGAUUUCACUGCUCACUUUAAUAUUCGGUUUCAAUUCACCAGUAUGAGACCCUUACCUUCUCUAUUAAAAACUAUAUUUUAAUAGACAGGAUAUGCAUUGAUAUCUAAGAGAGGGAGAUGAGAAGGAAUCCAAUGGCUGGGAGUGCCUCCAUCACUUCCCAUACAAUGGAUGAUGAUCUUCACAUGAAGCUGCUAUACCUGGAGAACAGAGAGAGAAAUCCGGCAAUGAUAUCUUCAAAUACUCUGUUGAGAUACCUACAUGUCAACAGUACUGAUCUUCUUGCUGCUUUAUCCGAGCUUUAAAUUCCUUGGUUUGGGUGCUGGGGGUGUCCUGCUAGCUAUCCUGUCUGCUCUUCUCCAAAUAAGAGCUUUUAUGCUCUUUCUAUUUUAGUCUCCUAAUCUACCAUGCAAUCUUGAUGAAAAUAGAGAUUUUCUUAAUGGCAUUUGAUGCGCACAAAGUGGCAUUUGCAAGAUUAUUCUUCCCUACUGAAGCCAAGCUAGCCAUGGACAUUGCACAUGCUGCAACAACACCAGAAUUUGCUGGUCUUGCUGCAUCAAAAGGUUCUGACGGGAAUUUGAGGGGGGAUGACCUAGAUGAGACACCAAUAAUGCAGAACAUAAGACUUCGUUCUAGGAUGGAAGCCCUAAUGAAAACAGUUGAAAUGGGCCGGCGAUACUUCCCCAGUUGUUCCGAAGUGCUCGAUAAGUUCAUGGAGGAUGACCUUCCUGAUUUGUUUUACCAUGAAAAGGGUACCCCAGAUGAACAAAGAAUAAAGAGGACACGUUUCAUGGAGCUUAAAGAGGAUGUUCAGGGGGCAUUUAUCAGGGACAAGGCUGAGAUUAACCCCACUAAUUGUUGAGUGAAGCAAGAACAAUGAACCAUGCAGUCAUGGCGAGAUAAGGAGAGGAAUCAUAGCAUUGACUAAGAUAUAAGGAGCACACUCUUUUAAUUUAUUUAUUUUCUUUUAGUAAGGAGCACGAACCUUUUGCUCAUCAACUAUGAAUAUUGUGCUUUUUCUUGGAAAAACAAAAAACUAUGAAUGUUGA